AUACUGUUAUGCUGCUUAUUUUUAUUUUAUUUUAUUUCUUAAACUGUUUAAAGUAUUGACUGCAAAGUAUGAAAUUAGGUUUUAAGCACAAGCUCAUCCUGGAUUAUAUAUAAAAGUAAGGUUGGGAGGGUGUACUCCUGUAGUUUUCAGCUUUAUUUAUGCAUUUCUGAAAUGCGGGUAGGCGUUCAAUGUAAACAAAGCACUUCUUGGCUGAAUCUGCCAGAAAAGCAGGUGGAAGGAGUCACAUGAUGAACCUACAUUAGUGCGACUGUACUCUUCAUGACUUUACAAUGAAUACCUUUAGUUUCAGUAUGUUGUGAAAUAAUGGAAAUUAUAAAAAUAUGUAUAUUAAAUGAGUGAGUUGAAAUUACAAAGUCUUUGUGUAACUGUGCAGUGGGAGGGGAUUAAAUUAAUGCUUGACAGCUCUUACAGGUGCUGUGCACAUUUGGACUUUGGUUUUCUUGAGUACUACCCACGUGGAGGGUAUUAUAACACAACAGCAGCCUCCUGCAGGCGGGUAGCGCCCCGCGAGUAGCUCAGAUGACGUCUAGAAGAACCGGACCCCCUGAUGGGGGGUAUGGAUGGGUGGUGGUCGUGUCGGCCUUCUUCGUCAUGGGGCUCAGCGCGGCCGUCCUCAAAAACUUCGGCCACUUCUUCCUGGACAUCCAGAGUCACUUUGGAGUUCUGGCCAGCACCACCUCAUGGGUGACCUCAACAACAAUCGCCAUGUUUCACGUCGGAGCUCCAACUGCCAGUGCUUUGACCUUACGCUUUUCUCAGAGAGUGGUCAUCAUCGCUGGAGGCCUGCUCUGCUCCUUGGGGAUGUUGCUGGCCUCUCUGGACCUCAGUCUGCCUUGGCUCUUCCUCACUAUGGGCGUCCUGGAAGGUACAGGCAUUUCCUUCUCCUGGGUUCCUGCCAUGAGCAUGGUCAACCACUACUUUGCGAGGUGGCGUCCCAUCGCCUACGCCCUGGCCAGCUCAGGGGAGUGCGUCUUUUCCAUGAUCUUCAGUCCCCUCUUCAAGUGGCUCAUCGAGACGUACACCUGGCGGGGGGCUUUGCUCAUCAUCGGUGGCCUUCAGYUGAACCUGUGUGUGUGCGGCGCACUCAUGAGACCCCUGCAGACCGCCCAGAGAACUUCAGAAAACGAUGCUAAGAAGAAGAAGAUGUUCCAGUGCUCCCUCCUGAGAAAACCAGAACUCCUCCUUUACAUCCUGUUUGCAGUCUUCGCGGCAGCGGGGUUUUUUAUCCCCACUCUGUUCCUGGUGCCCUUCUGCAACAGUUUGGGGAUGGAGAAGUACUGGCCGGCUCUCGUCCUGUCGGUGCUGGCCGUGGCCGACCUGGCGGGGAGGUUGUUCUGCGGGUGGCUCGCCAACAUGAGGCUUCUGAGGAACCUGCAGCUGCUCGUCGUCGUCACCGCCCUGGCCGGGGCGGUGCUKCUCCUGCUGCCCGUCAGCCACAACUUCUGGGCCGUCCUGGGCUUUUCCUUGCUCUACGGCUUCCUGUUCGGCUGCAUGGUGGCCCUUCAUGUCACCUCCAUCGUGGACAUUGUGACCCUGGAGGGCUUCGACAGCGGACUGGGGCUCUUUAUGCUGUUCAGGAGCAUCGGGGGCUUCGUCGGUCCACCUGCUGGAGGCUGGUUGGUGGAUCAGACCAACGACUACAGCAGCGCCUUCUWCCUCUCAGGCUUCUGCUUCAUCUCAUCAGCUGUGUUUGUCGUCCUGGUCGACCGACUGGUUCAGAGGAAGAAAGCUGCAGAGGAAGGCCAGCAAGGACAAGCAUCAAAUGGGAUACACUGACCUCAACACUGCUUUAGCUUUUUGUUCUUAUGUUUGGAAUUAUAGCAAGUCCAUCAGAAUGCCUUUGUGUUUCGUUCUGAUGGUAUAUCCUUCCUGGCUCUUCCUCUACGUAGCAUCUUCGUUAUUUUGAGGUUAGCACCGGGAUUCCUGAUAUUUCUGCACCAAAGUUGUUGCAACUUAACAUAAAACUAAACUUUUUUAACAAACUUUCACCCACUUUCCAUGUUUUUUUUUCCCCAUUUAUGACUUAAUUUUUUAAUCAAAUGUGCCAAAGAUUCCCAUUUCUAACCCUCCAGUUUCAGCAUUAUUGUACUACUUUUUGGCCCUCGAGCAGUUACAUUUUUUAAAUUUAAAAUUUAGCACUCGUUUCAAAUGUGAAACUGGGACCAAAUACGACAAGCCAAAAACAGGAUACAGUUAACUAAAGCUGCUUUUACAGGGUUGUUUCCUCCCUUCUGUAUAAAAAGAGCGUGUCUCAUUUUACCUGUCAUCUGAAAACACAAGUAAAGACAAACGUUUAAUACAGACAUUUUUCCAACAUAGAAAACUAUUUAGAUUAGAAAACAGUUYCUUAAAAUUACAACUAUCCUCGAUUCACAGAAAUCACAUGGACAGCUUCAAAUGAGACAAAUAUUAACAAAAGCCUACGAGAACUAAAACAUUUGUCAGGAAUCUGGGUCUAAAAACGGAAAAGGCAGUUAUUUUACAGGAAAACAGAGGAKGGGGGGGGACUAUAAAUGUUGGGGAUCAAAAUGGAUUUUUGAAGUUUAUUUGCCGGGGGUGUGGCUUUUCAAAGCAGAAAAAAAUAGUUCUGUUGGAAUAGUUUAAGUUGGGGUGAGCCCUGCCCCCCAACCCUGGUGAGAGAGAGAGAACUCAGUCCCAACGUCCACCCCUCAGACAAGACCAGGAUUGUUGCUCGUAGCUGAUUUAACCACAAUUAAUACAGAGCUAAUAAAYGAUCCAACUGAUGUGAUUUUAUAUUUACACAGAGUUCACCGGCAGUGAAAGCCUGGGAGGUUUUUAGCGCUUUGAGCGCAGGUUGGACGUUGGGACGGAGCAACAAAAAAAAAAAAAAAAA